UCCAUGUGCAUUUGGGUAUCUGGGCGUUAAACACAAUAUGUAACUACUUCAUGUGUAAUAAAUGUACUGCAUACAAGUGGAUGACACUAAAAUGGUAUAGUAGGCAUGAUUAACCCAUGCCUCCAGAAUAGGUAUGACGUUCUGUUCCCAGUUGUAUGCAUCAAUUAGUAGCUUAACCUAUAGCUCAUCUAUGCUUGUAUUGAAAAGAAAGUAUAUGAACACAGUCUAUAUUGUAAACUCUACCGUUUUGGAACACAUUGGAUUGUUAGGGGUUGUUGCUGUCAGGAGCUCUAAAUAUCAGUUUUUGGGGUGUUUUUUCCCAGAGAGAACUCUACAUGAAUGGCUAACUUUGCUAAUGACUGCAUGCAUAGUGUGUAGCUACUGGUGUAAUUUGUGUGGCGCGGGGGCGUUCUCUCCAGACAUACUCAAACAAUACGAGAAAAUAGGACUGCAUGAGCCCGGGCAAUAUAGUUACUUCACUUUCACAGCGCUCAGGCAGCCAUUCUAAAAACAUAUUUAUAGUUUAGUUGACUAGGAGGCUAGGGGACGAUACACUGGGGCGGGCGUAAAAAAGGUGUAAAUAAAAACAACCGUCCCCAUAGAGACAAGGCGUUCUUCACUAGAGUUUUUGGAUCAAUCACGCAGACAGUGGCUUCUUUUGAUUAAACCCCAAAUUGUCAUUGGGCAGAAGUAAUCAUGUGACUUGGCUCCAAUUUCAACCUUGUCUCCAUGAAUUCAAUAGUUUAAUAGCAGCUCGUUCACCAUACCGCCGUAAUCAGUGAAUUUGAAAAAAUGCCACCACCUCUUUCUCAUUGAGCCGCUACAUUUAUAAAAAUACGCGCAGCAAACUUUCCUCGGCUCUCAGCGAGCGGAGAUGAAUUACGAAUUCGAGCGAGAGAGCGGUUUUAUCAAUAGUCAGCCUUCGCUUGCUGAGUGCCUGACAUCUUUCCCCCCUGUCGGUGAUUCAUUUCAAAGUUCAUCAAUCAAGAGCUCGACGCUUUCACACUCGACACUGAUUCCUCCUCCUUUUGAGCAGACCAUUCCCAGCCUCAACCCAGGCAUCCACCCGAGGCAUAGCCGGCCCAGACACAGCCCCGAUGGAUGCAUCCCGCUGCCCACUGCCUCCCUACCCCCGGAAUACCCCUGGAUGCGAGAGAAGAAAGCCUCCAAGAAGAAUCACCUGCCGACUUCCACCGCGACUGCCAUAACGAGUGGACCUGUAUGCUUCUCCCCGAAAGGUUCGCCGGAGAUUCUAGACAGUGGAGGAGAGGGUUCGCGGCGAUUGAGGACUGCGUACACCAACACACAGCUCCUGGAGCUGGAGAAGGAGUUCCACUUCAACAAGUAUCUGUGCCGACCGAGGAGGGUGGAGAUAGCCGCCCUGCUGGACCUCACCGAGCGGCAGGUCAAAGUAUGGUUUCAGAACCGGCGCAUGAAGCACAAGAGGCAGACCCAGUGCAAGGAGAACCACAAUGGCGAAGGGAAAGAGCCGAGUGCUGAGGACAGGACCCAGAGCGACGAGGAGGAGGAUGAGGGCUCGUUGUUUGAGCAGAGCCUCAAUAUAGUGACCGGGGCCCUUACGGAGAGAGGGGCCUGCUCCUUUCAGCAGAACUCACUCAGUACUUCCCAGCAGCUCCAGAAUGUUGGCCCGCACAAUGGCGUGGCCCAGAGUUACACAGUUUUACCACUGAGCAGCAAUGACAAAAAUCUGAAGCAUUUCCCCAACCCGUCACCCACUGUUCCAGGCUGCGUGUCAACAAUAGGGCCCGGCUCUGCACCUGGCCAGGACAAUGGCGGUAGUCCCGCGGCCCUGGACGUCUCAAUACAAGACUUCCAAGUAUUCUCCUCGGAUUCUUGCCUUCACCUCUCUGAUGCCACCUCGCCUAGUUUGCCAGAAUCCCUGGACAGCCCCGUGGACAAUCUGGACAUAUCUACCGACAGCUUCUACUUUUUCUCGGAGUCAUUAACUACAAUUGACUUACAGCAUCUGAGCUAUUGAAAUCAAUGAAAAAUAGAGCAAGACUUUCAACCUGGAACAUUUAAAGAAAGAAAAAAA